AUAUCACCAGUUCCUAUAGAAAGCAAACCCAUUUGUCCUAUGGAUGUAUUUGUGCGGUCAAUGGCUUUGCCCACCCGUACUCUCAAUGACUACAGAAUUAAUUGUAAGAAUCAGUUAUUCAAUUGUAGCGUUGAAAUGAAUUCAAUCGCUUCCGGCUCUUGGAUUUACAUCCAAAUAGAGCCAUUCCAUUAUCUGGAAGUGGUUUCAGCGAAACUAAAUCUAACUAUCGAUCAAACGGACAAUUGUUUCUUAAUUCGCAAUGAAGAGGCACUGGAAUCGAUGCCCAAACCGAUGACCGCAUUAACAUAUUCUAGUCGUUUCACUAGUAAUCAAACUAAACCUCUGGAGAAUAGGGAACCACUGGAACCGCCGAAAACGUUGUCUCCAAACUAUAUCAGUCUUACGCGUUAUGACUCGUUAAAUAGUCUUGAGUUUAAGUACAGUCACGUGGACGCCACCUCUCUGUCACCCAAUCAGAGCGUCUCCAUAUUCAUCGACAUCCCAAGCAAUCGGAGCUCAGUUCUUGAGAUUGGAAUCAUUCCUCUAUAUCGGCGGAACUCUUUCCNCAAUCGGAGCUCAGUUCUUGAGAUUGGAAUCAUUCCUCUGUCAGAUAUCGGCGGAACUCUUUCCAUUGAUUUCGCUAUCAAUCCGCUCACGAAUACCACACAACAGAACUAUACGGUCAACCUUUGUCUGCAACACAUGAGAGUGGGCUUUGCUUCGGACUGUUUCUAUGAAAUCGAUGUCAACACUACUGACAAACAAUUCCACGAAAAGCGAGGAUUAGAAACAGUUUUAAUCCCAUUCCCCAGACCUGGCAAUUGGUUUAUAACUCUUACGCCGCGAUGUUAUUACUCAGAUGAAGACUCCGACACAAUUAUGGAGUGUCUCGAGAACAAGACAUCCGUUUUAUUGGAUAUAAUAUCGUCGCCGUGUUUGCACUCCAAGUGCGGCCCUCACGGCAAAUGUCAACAAUAUUUUAGUGGAGGAGUUCUCUUCAGCUCUUGUGUUUGUAGAGGAGGAUGGAAGGGAUGGUUCUGUAACGAUGGGUCACAAGCGAUACCUGAAGAUCAACUUUUGCUCAACUUUUUAUUACUUACAUUAAGUAAU